AAAAUAGAUUCGGGAGCCAUGUUGCCCCCAACCUCAGAACGACCCUAAGAACGACCCCAAGAACCACCGUAAGACUGCUCAACCGAAACUUCCGCAAACCAGCCAGUCGCCCCUUUCCCUCAACCAAUCUGCAAACAUGACAAAACCUAAAUACCUCACUGGUGACAAUGCGGCGAUAGAUGAAUUUAUCAACCGUUUCGAUGUCUUUCUGCUAGACUGUGACGGGGUAAUAUGGUCCGGUGACCAUGUUUUUGAAGGCGUUCCUGAGACACUGGAGUACCUGCGAUCGAGAGGCAAGAAGGUCGUCUUUGUGACAAACAACUCGACCAAGUCUCGGGAAGAAUACCUCAAAAAAUUCACAGGCCUAGGCAUCCCCUCGGACGUCGAGGAGAUCUUCGGGUCGGCCUACUCCUCGGCCAUCUACAUCUCGCGCAUCCUCCAGCUCCCCGCGCCCAAGAACAAGGUGUUCGUCAUCGGCGAGGCCGGCAUCGAGCACGAGCUCCGGAGCGAGAACGUCCCCUUCAUCGGCGGCACCGACCCGGCCUUCCGGCGGGACAUCACGCCGGAGGACUGGAAGGGCAUCGCGGACGGGUCGCACCUGGACCCGGACGUGGGGGUCGUGCUGGCCGGGCUCGACUUCCACAUCAACUACCUCAAGCUCUCGCACGCGCUGCAGUACCUGCGGCGGGGCGCCGUGUUCCUGGCGACCAACACGGACUCGACCUUCCCCAUGAACCACAACUUCUUCCCGGGGGCCGGGUCGAUCGGCAUGCCGCUGGCCUACAUGACGGGCCAGCAGCCGCUGGCGCUGGGCAAGCCGAGCCAGGCCAUGAUGGACGCGGUCGAGGGCAAGUUCCGGCUGGACCGCGCCCGCACCUGCAUGGUGGGCGACCGGCUCAACACCGACAUCAAGUUCGGCGUCGAGGGCCGCCUGGGCGGCACGCUGGCCGUGCUGACGGGCGUGAGCAAGCCUGCCGACUGGGAGGCGGAGGACGCCGUGGCCGUGCCGGCAUUCUACGCUGACAAGCUGAGCGAUCUGCGCGCCGCCGACGCCGCGGCAGCUCCGUGACCCCCCUCCGCCCCCUUUUGGGAUUUAUCUGGAACGGGUCUACUCAGAAGAAGCAGGACUUAGCCGCAUCUAGCUCAUGUCGUGCGCGGUGAGGUUGCGGGGUUCUGGUUCGGGUUGGGUCGUUCUGUUGG